AGAUUAUGUAAUCGAACAUACGAUCUAUCCAAUUUUUCUUAAAAUGCCGGCUAGAAAGUUAACGGUUUACGUUAGUAUGGCUGUAGGAAUAACUGGACUGUCAGUCUUAGGAAUCAUUCUCCAAAUUCGGCGAAAGAGAUGUUCUGAGCUGCACACGUUUAGUUCGAUGCUACGACAACAUUUAGAGUACUGCAUAUUUUCCCUCUUCGGGACGAGAAUGACACGAAAGUUGGAAAAAGACAGCAUCAGUUUCAUCCAAGUACAAGAAGAAACGUUGCUUAAGAUUCUUAAGAGCAACGCUGAUACGGAAUAUGGAUUAAAGUACAAUUUUGGUGGCAUUAACGACAAGGCCAAGUAUGUCAGUCAACACCCGCUGACGAGAUACAAGCACUACGAAUCUUAUAUAGAAAAGAUCUCUGAGGGUGAGAAGAAUGUUCUCACAGCAAAGGACCCUUACCAGCUGGGUGUCACCUCUGGAACCUCAGGCAAAAGCAGUCUACUUCCAACUACGAAUGACAUCCCUCGCAUCUUUUUCACCAAUGGUGUACUUGUUGGUAUAAAUACCAUGUUUGAGGCCUAUCCUGGGUCUUACCAGCUGCAGAAAAGCUUGAAGUUCUUUUAUUCACCUAAGUGGUGCUACACAUCCUCAGGCCUGCCCAUUGGUCCAAAUUCCUCUUCACCCAGCAACUCACAACGAAUCCUCCAUCUCUACACCACUCCAAAAGCAGGUUUUGACAUCAUGACUGAACCAGAGGCCUUGUAUAUUCACUUGCUGUUUGCUUUAAAGGAUCGAAAUCUUGGCAUUUUGGAGGCAAAUUUUGCUCAGCUGGUGUAUUCAGGGCUUCUUGCACUUGAGGCUCAGUGGAAGUCACUCGUGGAGGAUGUUGAACUUGGAAGGGUGAAUCCAAUUUUGAACAUCAAGGAAGAUGUGAGAAGUAAACUAGAGAGUCUCCUCAAACCUGACAAAGAACGAGCUGUGGAACUGGAGAGAGAAUUUACCAAUGGAUUUGAUGGAAUUGUGAGGAGGGUAUGGCCACAUAUUAACUUAGUCCUGGCUUGCUCGACAGGUUCAUCAGAGCUGUAUGCCAGCAAACUUAAGGAGAAAUAUUUGGGAGACGUGCCAAUUUACUCGCCGUUUUACGGAUCUACUGAAGGUUUGGUCGGAGUUAAUCUGUGGCCACAAGAAACGACCCCAGUUUACAUGCUGGUGCCCCGCGCAAUGUUCUUUGAGUUCAUUCCAGUGGAAGAAAGCAGUCAAGAACAGCCGAAGACGCUGUUUGGUGAAAACACAGAAGUUGGAAAACUUUAUGAGUUGGUAGUGACAAACCCUAGUGGAUUGUACCGUUACAGAAUCGGAGAUGUUGUCAAGAUUGCUCGUUUUCACAACAGUUGCCCUGUAGUAGAAUUCCAGUAUCGUCAAGGGCAAAUACUCAAUGUUCGAGCCGAAAAAACGUCCGAGCGCGUUUUCUACGACGCACUGACGGCCGCACUUGGCGAGGAAGGACAGAAGCUUCAGAUGGUAGAUUACACAUGCGCGGAAAGCGUUAUGUUUAGCACGCAGAAUCACGUAAUGAGUGAUGAACUAAAAAGUGUGGCGCCAUUUUAUGCUUUGUUUAUAGAAUUGAGUGACACGGAACUGAAGGAAGAUGAUAUGAAAGGUCUUGAACAGAAGAUCGACGAGGCGUUAUGUAGAUUCAGUCCUGUUUAUGAGUCGUUUAGACGCAAGGGAAGCAUAUCUUGCUUAAAACUCUUCGCAGUUAGAGAAGGAACAUUUUGCGAACUGCGACAAUAUCUGCUCCGCAACAAUCCUGCGGCGGCUAAUCAAAUAAAAAUACCGCGAGUUGUGAAGACGAAAGAGACGCUCGACAUCUUGUUGAGAAAUAGGACAAUGUAAAAGGUGUUACGGUCGCCCCAUUUUGAGUCGUUUGUUUCGGCGUUCAAAUCACUUUGUACGCGAAUGAAACGUCAAGAUAUUAGUUUGGUAAGGAACAAUAACACCGAAAGAGAAAGAAAAUAUGAAAGGAGAACGACGAUGGUACAGAUCGGGGAUAAACACACGGAUUCAGUUAAUGUAACGUAACGUUAUUAUUAACGUCGACUGUUAUUCAAAUGCCGCCCUAACUAGACGGCCGCGCGGUUCCUGGUGAAACCGAGUAUUUUCUUCUUGGGUUUAUUAAAGAGGAAAAGAAAAGAGAGUCUGUAAUUUGCAGUAAGGCUUGUGAGGUAUUCAUUACACCUUUAAUGUGUGUUUGGCGGAAUCGCGAAGAUAUUAACUAUAUCUUUAUUGCUUGUAAAGCUGGUUUUGAAAGUGAUUUCUAGUUAAGCAGAAUCGAAAUACCUGUUUAGCCUUUUAUCUAGGGCGUGAAAUAUUUAAAUCUUAAAUUGCUCGUGAACAGAAUGGUGUGGGGAUAAAGAAAGUGAAAUUUUGCCCCAAAAAAUUAAGACAGUGUUAAAUUAAAGCGGGCCGUUUAGCAAAGUGCGUUCCGCUGAAUUGACCAAUUUCGACGUGCAUAAUGACUGAUUUUAAUAAUGAGACUUCGUCAUCUGCGCCUGA